AUGUUGCUCUUCAUGAUCAUUUCACUGGUCAUCCUGAAAAUACUCAGCGAUGCCUACUUCACAAGACAUUACCUGCUGCCCACUCUAAAUUUUAUGAGCAUUUGGACUUCUUCGACAAAACACCAAAUUCGCUUGUUUUCGGCCAGUAAAAUGGUAAAAGAUGGAGCCUAUGACCUGGAUUUCCGUUACUUUCUCGACCGGUCGCUCCCGGUUACCAGAUACGCCACGAUUCCUCUAAAUUUAAUUAGUAAGAAAGGUGGAAACCAUGCUGUCAGCUUUGCAGAAAUGACUCAAGUAGACGAUGCUGACUGGAAAAUUCCAAUAAAUCCGGACGUUUUUAAUUUGUAUCCACAGGGUCUUUCAUUGCCUGCAGUCAUUCGUAAUUACAGGGAGACUGGGAGGGUUCCCGAGAUUCCAAUAAACCUACCCAACUUAAAGGUACGCAACGUCAGCUCUUCGGUAUGCCCUCCUGAAGGCAAUAAAGGACACAACCACGACCUCGUGGUAAUUGUGAAAUCGGCCGUGUACAACUUUGAGAACAGGCAAAACUUCCGCCAACUUUACGCUCACCUGAGGAAUAACAGUGUGAAAUAUCCGUAUCGUGUAGGAAUAGUGUUCUUUGUAGGCUUGCCCUCAAGUGCUCGUGACAACGUUUUCCAACGCGAUGGUUUCAACAUCACGCUACCCGAUCGGGCCGGAAGUUCUCUAAUCAACCUGACCAGUCGACGCGCUGAGAUUCUGACUCGGUUGGAGGAGGAGGUGCUUCAGCAUGAUGAUCUAGUCGUGGGCGACUUCGAGGACACCUACUUUAACCUCUCUCUGAAGCUGCAUCUCACCUUUGUGUGGGCAGCCAGAUUCUGUUGUGAACAUCCUGGCUUCAUGUUCCUCGACGACGACAUGGCCUUCAAUGAGCAGCUUCUCUACACUGUGCUGGCCACUCUGCCAGGCGACUGGCGACGCACAGUUGCCAUAGCGAAAACUCGCUGGAACAGCCCCACGGUGCGCCCCAGCGAGACACCUAUCUCCCAAAAAUGGGCGCUCGCUAAAGAGGAAGUUCCAUGGCCAGUGCAUGCACCCUACGCUAAUGGUUACUUCUACAUCCUGGGUUACGAUCAUGUAGCAGACUUGGCCUUGGCCAUGUUCUUCACUAAGCCAAUUUUCAUUGAUGAUGUCUGGUUGGGUCUAAAUUUCGGCCUCAUUAAAUUUGAAUGUGUGGCCGGGUCUCGUAAAAUGAGCCGCAACUCGAGAAUUGGCAUCCUUUGCUUCACCUGCCGCGUGUUCGGCAAUUCGCGUCCUGAGAAGUCUGCCGGUUUCUCCGACAUAGUUGCUUUGCCCACAACUCCACUAGAUCUUGUAGACGACAGCAGACGCUUCCUGCCGUGGCAGUAG